UCGCCGAGCAGCUGGGCGCAGGAGUGAGCGAGCGCGCGAGCGGCCCGGGGGAGCGCGGCUGCGGCUCUGCCGCGGGCAGGGAGCCGGCCGGCGCGUCGUACUCCGUAACCAGGGCGGCCCGGCUCCCCGCAGCCCUGCAAGUCGAGCCAGAGCUCCCGGAGCCCGCCGCCGGCCGUGCGCUCGCUUCGCUGCCGGGAACCUGGACGAGCCCGGGAGAGUGAAGGUACCUGAGUUCACUUAACAGAACAGUCUAAAAAUAAAAGAAGGAAAAGAAAAGGGGGUCCAGUCUUUGGAAGUGCUGACCCCUCGCUCGCUGCUGCAAGUGCGUGGGAUUCACGUGCAACCCUAUAGAUCCAGGGAGGCCGGGCAUGUUUCCCUGAGUGGUGUGCUGCGCCUGCGCCCUGGGGGAAGAGUCUCUGGUCAGGGUUUCAUGCUGCAGGAAGCACCAUGGCAGCUUCUAGGACGGCCUCACGGUCUCCUCGGGACAUUGCCAACGUGAUGCAAAGACUGCAAGAUGAGCAAGAGAUAGUACAAAAACGUACUUUCACAAAAUGGAUCAAUUCUCAUCUGGCCAAGCGGAAACCCCCACUGGCGGUAGAUGAUCUUUUUGAAGACAUGAAAGAUGGUGUUAAGCUGCUUGCUCUUCUGGAGGUUCUCUCUGGGCAGAAACUGCCUUGUGAACAAGGACGCCGUAUGAAGCGAAUCCAUGCUGUGGCCAAUAUUGGCACGGCACUCAAGUUCCUUGAAGGAAGGAAGUCCAUGUACAGAGGAUCACCGAUUAAAUUAGUCAACAUUAACUCCACUGAUAUAGCUGACGGCCGACCAUCAAUAGUUCUCGGAUUGAUGUGGACCAUUAUUCUAUAUUUCCAGAUUGAGGAGUUGACCAGCAACCUGCCGCAGCUGCAGUCUUUGUCAGGAAGCACAUCCUCUGUGGACAGCAUGGUUAGUGCUGAGACCGCCAGCCCCCCAAGUAAACGGAAAGUGGCCACCCAGAUCCAAGGAAAUGCCAAGAAGGCUCUCUUAAAGUGGGUUCAGUACACAGUAGCCAAGCAGACAGGAAUCGAAGUAAAAGACUUUGGGCGGAGCUGGAGGAGUGGGGUUGCCUUUCAUUCCAUCAUCCACGCCAUUCGACCGGAAUUAGUGGACUUGGAGAGAGUGAAAGGGAGACCUAACCGGGAAAACCUGGCGGAGGCUUUCACUAUUGCUGAAACAGAACUAGGAAUCCCGAGACUGCUGGAUCCUGAAGAUGUUGAUGUGGAUAAACCAGAUGAGAAGUCUAUUAUGACAUAUGUAGCCCAGUUUCUGAAACAUUACCCUGACAUCCACAAUACUGGCACUGAUGGGCAAGAGAAUGAUGAAAUACUUCCAGGUUUUCCAUCUUUUGCAAAUUCUAUCCAAAUUGUUAAGAGAGAAGACAGGCCAAUUUUGAAGGAAACAAAAGUUUGGAUAGAACAAUUUGAAAGAGAUUUGACAAGGGCACAGAUGAUGGAAUCAAAUUUGCAAGAUAAAUAUCAGUCAUUUAAGCACUUCAGAGUUCAAUAUGAAUUAAAAAGGAAACAGAUUGAACAUUUAAUACAACCUGUACAUAGAGACGGUAAACUGUCACUUGACCAAGCAUUGGUAAAACAAUCCUGGGACAGAGUGUCCUCCAGGCUCUUUGAUUGGCAUAUACAGCUUGAUAAAUCUCUCCCUGCACCUCUGGGCACCAUAGGUGCUUGGUUAUACAGAGCAGAGGUGGCCUUGAGAGAGGAAAUUACCAUUCAGCAGGUCCAUGAGGAAACGGCCAACACAAUACAACGGAAACGUGAGCAACACAAGGAUCUGCUUCAAAACACAGAUGCUCACAAAAGAGCAUUCCAUGAUAUCUACCGGACCAGGUCUGUUAACGGGAUCCCAGUGCCGCCUGAUCAGUUAGAGGACAUGGCCGAGAGGUUUCAUUUUGUUUCCUCCACAUCAGAGCUGCACUUAAUGAAAAUGGAAUUUCUAGAAUUAAAGUACCGUCUGCUCUCACUGCUGGUUCUUGCAGAGUCAAAGCUGAAAUCUUGGAUCAUCAAGUAUGGGAGGAGAGAGUCAGUGGAGCUGCUUCUGCAAAACUACAUCUCUUUUAUAGAAAAUACCAAGUUCUUUGAACAGUAUGAAGUGACAUACCAGAUCUUGAAACAGACAGCAGAGAUGUACAUCCAAGCUGACGGGUCAGUGGAAGAAGCCGAGAAUGUGAUGAAAUUCAUGAACGAAACCACGGCCCAGUGGCGGAACCUUUCAGUAGAAGUCAGGAGCGUGCGGAGCAUGCUGGAGGAAGUAAUUGCUAACUGGGAUCGAUAUGGCAACACGGUGGCCAGUCUUCAGGCCUGGCUAGAGGAUGCAGAGAAAAUGCUAAAUCAGUCAGAGCAUGCCAAAAAGGAUUUUUUCCGAAAUUUGCCUCACUGGAUACAGCAGCAUGCUGCCAUGAAUGAUGCGGGCAAUUUCCUAAUUGAAACAUGCGAUGAGAUGGUUUCCCGUGAUCUUAAACAGCAGUUACUAUUGCUGAAUGGGAGAUGGAGGGAGUUGUUCAUGGAAGUCAAGCAAUAUGCUCGGGCUGAUGAAAUGGACAGAAUGAAGAAGGAGUACACAGACUGUGUGACCGCCCUGUCCGAUUUUGCAACUGAAGCCCUUAAGAAAAUGUCUGAACCCUUAGAAGUCUCUUUUCUUAAUGUCAAGUUAUUAAUUCAAGACUUGGAGGACAUUGAGCAGAGGGUACCUGUAAUGGAUGCUCAGUACAAGAUGAGUACCAAGACUGCACACCUCAUUACCAAAGAGAGCUCCCAAGAAGAAGCUAAUGAAAUGUUUGCAACCAUGUCUAGGCUCAAGGAACAGCUAACCAAGGUCAAAGAAGGUCACUCUCCACUCCUUUAUGAGUCUCGACAGCUGUCGAUCCCAUUGGAAGAAUUAGAAAAGCAGAUGACAUUCUUUUAUGAAUCACUUGGGAAAAUCAAUGAAAUCUUAACAGUUCUUGAGCAUGAGGCACAAUCUAGUGCUCUUUUUAAACAGAAACAACAGGAGCUGUCAGCUUGUCAAGAAAGCUGUAAGAAAACCAUGACACACAUUGAGAAAGGCAGUCAAAAUGUUCAAAAAUUUGUGACCUUGAGCAGCGUGCUAAAGCAUUUUGAUCAGACAAAGCUACACAGACAGAUCGCAGACGCCCAUGGUGCUUUCCAGAAUAUGGUGAAGAAAAUUGGAGACUGGAAGAAACAUGUGGAAACCAAUAGUCGCUUGAUGAAGAAAUUUGAGGAGUCUCGAGCAGAGCUGGAGAAGGUGCUCCGGAUGGCACAGGAAGGUCUGGAGGAGAAGGGAAACCCGGAGGACCUCCUGAAGAGACAUACCGAAUUUUUCAGUCAGCUGGAUCAGAGAGUGCUCAAUGCUUUCCUGAAAGCUUGUGACGAGCUCACCGACAUUCUCCCUGAGCAGGAGCAGCAGGGUCUGCAGGAAGCCAUUAGAAAGCUCCAUAAACAGUGGAAGGAUCUUCAAGGAGAAGCCCCAUAUCAUUUGCUUCAUCUGAAGAUUGGUGUGGAGAAGAAUAGGUUCUUAGCUUCUAUAGAAGAAUGCAGAACUGAGCUGGAUCGGGAGACCAAGCUGGUGCCCCAGGAAGGCAGUGAAAAGAUCAUUAAAGAACACAGGAUUUUCUUCAGUGACAAAGGUCCUCAUCAUCUUUGUGAGAAAAGGCUACAGCUUAUUGAAGAACUGUGUCUGAAACUCCCAGUCCGGGACCCGGUAAGGAACACACCUGAAACCUGUCAUGCAACUCUCAGAGAGCUCAGAGCUGCCAUCGAUGUCACCUACAUGAAGCUCGUGGAAGACCCAGACAAGUGGAAGGACUACACUAGCAGAAUUUCUGAGUUCUCAUCUUGGAUAACUGCAAAGGAGACACAGUUGAAAGCGUUUAAGAGUAAACCCUUAGAUACUGCCAACCACGGAGAGGUUAAACGUGCUGUAGAGGAGAUCAGGAAUGGUGUUACCACAAAGGGCGAGACUCUCAACUGGCUGAAAUCCAGGCUUAAAAUUUUAAUUGAAGUUUCUUCUGAGAAUGAAGCCCAAAAGCAAGGAGACGAGCUGGCAAAAUUAUCUGGUUCUUUCAAGGCUCUCACAGCUUUGUUGUCGGAGGUUGAAAAGAUGUUAAACAACUUUGGGGACUGUGUCCAGUACAAAGAAAUGGUGCAAAGUUCCCUUGAAGACUUAAUUUCUGGCUCUAAAGAAGUCCAGGAGCAGGCGGAGAAGAUCCUGGACACGGAAAACCUGUUUGAAGCACAGCAGUUACUUCUCCAUCACCAGCAAAAGACAAAGAGGAUUUCUGCAAAGAAGAGAGAUGUGCAGCAGCAGAUAGCGCAGGCUCAGCAGGGAGAAGGUGGGCUGCCCGGCCAGGCCCGGGAGGAGCUGCGGAAGCUGGAGAGCACCCUGGACAACAUGGAGCACAGCAGGGAGAAGCAGGAGCGCCGCAUCCAGGUCACAUUAAGAAAAUGGGAGCGAUUUGAAACAAACAAAGAGACAGUGGUCAGAUACCUUUUUCAAACAGGUUCCAGCCAUGAGCGCUUUUUGAGUUUUAGCAGUUUGGAAAGUUUAUCUUCAGAACUGGAACAGACAAAGGAGUUUUCUAAACGAACAGAAGGUAUUACAGUCCAGGCUGAAAAUCUUGUGAAAGAAGCUUCUGAGAUACCCCUUGGGCCCAAGAAUAAGCAGCUGCUUCAGCAGCAGGCUAAGUCAAUCAAAGAGCAAGUCAAAAAAUUAGAAGACACACUUGAAGAAGAUAUUAAAACCAUGGAAAUGGUGAAAAACAAGUGGGAUCAUUUUGGCAAUAAUUUUGAGACCCUGUCCGUCUGGAUAACUGAGAAAGAAAAAGAACUCAAUGCCUUGGAAACUUCGUCAUCUACCAUGGACAUGCAAAUCCACCAGAUCAAGGUCACAAUUCAGGAAAUAGAAAGCAAGAUCAGCAGCAUUACAGAACUAGAAGAAGCAGCUCAGUCUUUUGCUCAGUUUGUGACCACUGGAGAAUCUGCUCGAAUCAAAGCGAAGCUGACACAAAUAAGAAGGUACUGGGAGGAGCUCCGGGAGCAUGCACAGUGUUUGGAAGGAACAAUCCUGGGACAUUUAUCUCAGCAGCAAAAGUUUGAAGAGAAUCUUAGAAAGAUCCAGAAGUCUGUGUCUGAAUUUGAAGAUAAACUUGCUGAUCCACUAAAAAUAUGUUCUUCAGCCACAGAAACAUACAAAGUCCUCCAAGAACAUAUGGAUCUCUGCCAAGCCCUGGAGGCACUGAGUAGUGUGGUGGCCACUACCUCAGCCAGCGCCCAGAAGGUGGCUAACAGAGGUUCCUCCGUCCAGGAGGCAGUGGCCCUGCAGCGGAGGUAUGAGGAGACAUGGACUCAGGCCAAGGAGAGGCAGACAGUGCUGGAGACCCUGCUGGCCCACUGGCAGAGGCUGGAAAAAGAAUUAUCAACCUUUUUAACUUGGUUAGAGCGGUGUGAAGAAAUAGCCAGUUCCCCAGAAAUGGACAUUUCUGCAGACAGAGUCAAGGUGGAGAGUGAACUUCAGUCAAUACAGGCACUGCAAAAUGAAGUUGUAUCCCGGGCCUCGAUCUAUAGCAGCCUUUUGCAACUGAAGGAAUCACUAUUCUCAGUGGCCUCCAAAGAUGAUGUGAAAACAAUGAAAGUACAUUUGGAACAGUUGGAUGAGAGAUGGAGAGAUUUGCCACAGAUAAUUAACAAAAGGAUUACUUUUCUUCAGUCCGCGGUUGCUGAGCACCAGCAAUUUGAUGAACUGCUGCUUUCCUUUUCUGUCUGGAUUAAGCUGUUUCUCAGUGAAUUACAAACUACUUCAGAGAUAAGCAUAACGGACCAUCAAGCAGCAUUUACUCGGCACAAGGACCACACGGCAGAAGUCGAGAGUAAGAAGGGAGAACUGCACAGUCUACGGGAUCACCUAGUCAAGCUGGGUGCCCUGGGUCGAGCCGAGAACCUCCCCCUCCUCCAGGGCAAGGCAGAGGACUGCUUCCAGCUGUUCGAGGAGGCCAGCCAGGUCGUAGAAAGGCGACAGCUUGCCCUGUCCCAGUUGGCGGAAUUCCUGCAGAGCCACGCCUCGCUGUCCGGGGUUCUCCACCGGCUGAGACACACGGUGGAAACAACCCAAAGUAUGAAUAGGAAACAGACUGAUUUAUUAGAAAAGGACUUAAAUCAUGCGAUUCAAGAUGCUAAAGCGCUGGAAUCCGCGGCCAUCAGCCUUGACAGCGUUCUGGCCAAAGCUCAGUACCAUCUUAAAAGCGGAAAUUCUGAGCAAAGGACUUCCUGCCGGACGACAACUGAUCACCUCUGUUCUGAAUUAGAGCGAAUCCAGAACCUUCUGGGAAUGAAGCAGAGCGAAGCAGAUGCCCUGGCAGUACUGAAGAAAGCAUUCCAAGACCAGAAAGAGGAGUUGCUGAGAAGCAUCGAGGACAUUGAAGAAAGGACAGACAAAGAGAGACUGAAGGAGCUUACCCGGCAGGCUCUUCAGCAGAGAUUGAGAGUCUUUAAUCAGUUAGAAGAUGAAUUGAAUUCUCAUGAGCAUGAACUAUGUUGGCUGAAAGACAAAGCUAAACAAAUUGCCCAGAAAGAUGUAGCCUUUGCAUCUGAAGUCGAUAGGGAGGUAAACCGCUUAGAGGUUACCUGGGAUGAUACCAAAAAACUAAUUCAUGAAAACCAGGGUCAGUGCUGUGGACUUAUUGACUUAAUGAGGGAAUAUCAGAACUUGAAGUCGGCUGUAUCUAAAGUCCUAGAAAAUGCCAGCAAUGUGAUUGCAACCAGAAAUACUAUAAAAGAUCAGGAGGAUCUUAGAUGGGCUUUAUCCAAGCAUGAAACCGUCAAGAAUGAAAUGUGUAAUAAACAGAAAGAAUUGGAUAAUUUUACCAGUAAAGGAAAACAGUUGUUAUCCGAGCUGAAAAAAAUUCACAGUAGUGAUUUCAUCUUGGUGAAAACAGACAUGGAGAGCACUGUGGACAGAUGGCUGGAUAUGUCAGAGAAAAUUGAGGAAAACAUGGAUAGGCUGAGGGUAAGCCUGACCAUUUGGGCUGAUGUACUUUCAAGUAAAGAGGAAAUCGAUGGAUGGUCCAAUAGUUCCGUUCCACAGUUGGCUGAAAGCAUCAGCCACCUGAAUAACAGCGUCAGAGCAGAAGAAGUCCUUAAGGAAUUUGAGUCUGAAGUUAAAAACAAAGCCUUGAGACUGGAAGAACUUCACUGCAAAGUUAAUGAUCUUAAAGAAUUAACUAAAAAUCCAGAAACUCCACCAGAUCUUCAGUUUAUAGAAGCAGACCUAAGGCAGAAACUGGAGCAUGCCAAAGAAAUCACUGAAGAAGCCAAAGGAACCUUGAAAGAUUUCACUGCUCAGAGUACCCAGGUGGAGAAAUUUAUUAAUGACUUGACGAGCUGGCUAGCAAAAGUAGAGGAGUCACUGAUGAACUGUGCCCAGACUAAGACAUGGGAAGGGCUGAGAAAAGUAAAGGAGAUACAAAAGGAACUUCAAAGUCAGCAAAGCAACAUCAGCUCUACCCAAGAAAAUCUCAACAGUUUGUGCCGCAAAUACCAUUCUGUUGAGUUGGAGAGCCUGGGCAGUGCUCUGACGGGACUCAUAAAGAACCACGAAGCUGUGAGCCAGUUGUGCUCCAAGACACAGGCCAGCCUGCAGGAUUCUCUGGAGAAGCACUUCAGUGAGUCUAUGCAGGAAUUCCAAGAGUGGUUUUCUGGAAUAAAAGCAGCAGCAAAGGAAUCAUCUGAUCGAACUGGCGAUAGCAAAGUUCUAGAGGCAAAGCUCCAUGAUCUUCAGAACAUUCUGGACUCGAUCAGUGAUGGACAGAGCAAGCUUGAUGCUGUGACUCAAGAAGGACAAACUUUGUACGCACAUGUGUCUAAACAAAUCGUCAGCAGCAUUCAGGAGCAAAUUACAAAGGCUAAUGAAGAAUUCCAGGCAUUUCUGAAGCAAUGUCUGAGGGACAAGCAGGCUCUUCAAGACUGUGCUUUAGAACUUGGGAGCUUUGAGGAUCAGCAUAGAAAACUGAACUUAUGGAUCCAUGAGAUGGAUGAAAGGCUAAGUACAGAAAACUUAGGAGAGAGUAAACAGCACAUUCCUGAGAAGAAGAAUGAAGUCCAUAAAGUUGAAAUGUUUCUAGGAGAGCUACUGGCUGCAAGAGAAUCUCUGGAUAAGCUUUCCCAGAGAGGGCAGCUUCUCAGUGAAGAAGGCCACGGCGCUGGGAAGGAAGGACGCCUCUGCUCCCAGCUCCUCACAAACUACCAGAACUUACUCAGAAUGACCAAGGAGAGACUGCGGAGCUGCCAGAUGGCCCUGCAGGAGCACGAGGCCUUGGAGGAAGCCCUGCAGAGCAUGUGGUCCUGGGUGAAGGGCAUUCAGGACAGACUGGCCGCGGCAGAAAGCACCGUUGGGAGCAAAGACACCCUGGAAAAGCGGCUGCUACAGAUACAGGAUAUUCUCCUGAUGAAAGGUGAAGGAGAAGUGAAGUUGAAUAUGGCCAUUGGCAAAGGGGAACAGGCCUUGAGAAGUAGCAACAGACAAGGUCAGAAGGUGAUUCAGACCCAGCUACAGACUCUGAAAGACGUGUGGGCUGACAUCAUGAGCUCCUCCGUCCACGCUCAGAGCACUUUGGAGGCUGUGAUUGGCAAAUGGAAUGACUACCUAGAGUGGAAACACCAGCUGGAGCAGUGGCUGGAAUCGGUGGAUCAGAAAGUAGAGCAGCCCUUGCAGCUGCAGCCCGGCCUGAAGGAGAAGUUUUCCCUCCUGGACCACUUCCAGUCCAUCGUGUCUGAGGCGGAGGAGCACGCCGGAGCCCUGCAGAGUCUUGCCUCAAAAUCCAGGGAGCUCUACCAGAAGACAGAGGAUGAGUCUUUCAAGGAAGCAGCUCAAGAGGACCUGAAAACACAGUUUAAUGAUAUAAUCACUGUUUCCAAGGAGAAGAUGAGGAAAGUGGAGGAGAUUGUGAAAGAUCACCUCAUGUAUUUAGACGCAGUCCAGGAAUUCACGGAUUGGCUCCACUCGGCAAAGGAAGAACUUCACCGGUGGUCGGAUAUGUCUGGAGACUCAUCAGCCACCCAGAAGAAAUUAUCUAAAAUCAAGGAGCUGAUGGAUUCCAGAGAGAUCGGUGCAGGCCGCCUAAGCAGAGUGGAGUCGCUGGCUCCGGCAGUGAAACAGAACACAAGUGCCAGUGGGUGUGAGCUCGUGGACACGGAGAUGCAGGCCCUGCGCGCCGACUGGAAGCAGUGGGAAGACAGCGUGCUCGGGACGCAGACCAGCCUGGAGAACCUGGUGAGCCAAAUGGCCCUUUCGGAGCAGGAGUUCUCGGGCCAGGUGGCUCACCUGGAGCAGGCGCUGGGGCAGUUCAGUGCCCUUCUGACAACGUGGGCCCAGCAGUUAGCCCUCCUGGAAGGCAAGAACACGGAUCAGGAGAUAGUGGAAUGCUGGCAGAAAGGACAAGAGAUACUGGAUGCCCUACAAAAGUCAGAGCCUAACAGAGAUCUUAAAUCUCAGCUGAAUGAACUUUGUCGAUUUUCCAGAGAUCUGAGUACAUACAGUGGAAGAGUUUCUGGCUUGAUUAAAGAAUAUAACUGUCUUUGUUUGCAAGCAUCCAAGGGCUGUCAGAAUAGAGAACAGAUUUUACAGCAGCGAUUUCGAAGAGCCUUCAAGGAUUUCCAGCAGUGGUUGGUGAAUGCAAAAAUCACUACCGCCAAAUGUUUUGAUAUACCUCAAAGUAUUAGUGAAGUGUCAGCAAGUCUUCAGAAAUACAAGGAAUUUUUGUCAGAAAGUGAAAAUGGACAACACAAGCUAAACACGAUGCUGUCGAAAGGAGAACUUUUGAGUACUGUGUUGCCAAAGAGAAAGCUGAGGGCCAUCCAGUCCAAAAUUGCAUCUGCAAAAGAAGAUUGGAAAAAUUUUCAUUCAAAUCUCCACCAGAAGGAAUCUGCCUUAGAGAAUCUAAAGAUCCAAAUGAAGGACUUUGAAGUAAGUGCUGAGCCUGUGCAGGACUGGCUGAGCAAAACUGAGAAGCUGGUGCAGGAAAGCAGCAAUCGCCUGUAUGAUCUUCCGGCAAAGAGGAGGGAACAGCAGAAGCUCCAGUCUGUCCUUGAGGAAAUAAACUGCUACGAGCCUCAGCUCAACAGGCUAAGAGAGAAGGCUCAGCAGCUGUGGGAAGGACAAGCUGCCAGCAAGAGCUUUAUGCACAGAGUGUCGCAGCUGUCUGCUCAGUAUCUAGCUCUAAGCAAUUUAACAAAGGAGAAAGUGUCAAGAUUGGAUAGAAUUGUUGCAGAACACAGUCAGUUCUCCCUCGGGAUUAAAGAGCUACAAGACUGGCUGACGGAUGCCGUUCACAUGCUGGACUCCUACUGUCACCCAACAUCCGACAAGAGUGUGCUGGACAGCAGGAUGCUUAAGCUGGAGGCUCUAUUAUCAGUGAAACAGGAAAAAGAGAUCCAGAUGAAAAUGAUAGUGACCAGAGGGGAGUCUGUCCUGCAGAAUACCUCUCUGGAAGGCAUUCCCGCUCUCCAGCAGCAGCUGCAGAGUGUGAAGGAUAUGUGGGCUUCCCUUUCGUCCGCAGCAAUUCGCUGUAAGAGUCAACUCGAAGGAGCUCUUUCUAAGUGGACAAGUUAUCAGGAUGACGUUCGGCAGUUUUCCAGCUGGAUGGACAGUGUGGAAGCCGGCCUCAAUGAAUCUGAAAGGCAGUACGCGGAGCUGCACGAGAAAACCACCGCUCUGGGGAAAGCCAAGUUACUAAGUGAAGAAGUGCUGAGUUACAGCAGCUUGCUGGAGACCAUUGAACUCAAAGGGGCUGGCAUGACUGAACACUAUGUCACCCAGUUAGAAUUCCAGGACCUUCAGGAGCGAUACAGAGCAAUCAAAGAAAGAGCCAAGGAAGCAGUAACCAGGUCUGAAAAGCUAGUUCGCCUGCACCAAGAGUACCAGAGAGACCUAAAAGCAUUUGAAGUUUGGCUGGGGCAAGAACAAGACAAGCUUGACCAACAUUCCGUCCUUGAAGGCGAUGCUGACAGUCACGAGACAACAUUGCGGGAUCUUCAGGAGCUGCAGGUGUGUUGUGCAGAGGGGCAGGCCCUGUUGAAUUCGGCGCUGCACGCCAGAGAGGAGGUGAUACCGUCGGGCAUUCCCCAGACCGAGGACCGGGCUUUAGAGUCUCUCCGGCAGGACUGGCAGGCCUACCAGCAGAGACUGUCGGAGACCCGGACUCAGUUCAAUAAUGUAGUCAACAAAUUGAGGCUCAUGGAACAAAAGUAUCAGCAAGUAGAUAAGGGGCUCAAAGUGCUGGAGAGCAAAAUAAGUGUCAGGACAGGACGUCAGUCCAGCCGGGCGGCCAAGGAGAUGCAGUUACAUCAGAUGAAGAAGUGCCAUGAAGAAGUCACCGCAUACAAAGACGAAGUUGAGGAAGUGGGAGCCAGAGCUCAGGAGAUGCUGGAUGAGAGCCACGGGAGCAGCCGAGUGGGCUGCCAGGCCACCCAGCUGACUUCCAGAUACCAGGCCCUUCUUCUUCAAGUGCUGGAACAAAUAAAAUUCUUGGAGGAAGAGAUUCAGAGUUUGGAGGAAUCAGAAUUAUCCCUUAGUUCCUAUUCUGAGUGGUACAGCUCUACUCAUAAAAACUUCAAGAAUGUAGCCACCAAAAUUGACAGGGUAGAUAAAGCGAUGAUGGGGAAAAAAAUGAAGAUGUUGGAGGGUUUGCUAAAAGACAUGGAGAAAGGCCAUGGUUUGCUGAAGUCAGCCCGAGAGAAAGGAGAGAGGGCUCUCAAAUACUUGGAGGACGGCGAGGCAGAGACAUUAAGGAAAGAGAUCCAGGAGCACAUGGAGCAGUUGAAGGAACUGACCAGUGCUGUCCGGAAAGAGCACCUGACUCUGGAGAAAGGCCUUCUCUUGGGAAAGGAGUUCUCAGAUAAAUACAAAGCACUAACUCAGUGGAUAUCAGAAUAUCAAGAGAUCCUACACGCUCCCGAAGAACCCAAAAUGGAAUUAUAUGAGAAAAAAGCUCAGUUAUCAAAAUAUAAGUCACUUCAGCAAGUGGUGCUGUCCCAUGAGCCCUCCGUCAGAUCAGUGAGAGAGAAGGGGGAGGCUCUCCUGGAGCUCGUGCAGGACGUCACUUUAAAGGAUGAAAUAGAUAAGCUUCAAGGUGAUUACAAGGACCUCUGUGGUGCAGGGAAGGAGCACGUCUGCAGCCUCGAGGCGAAAGUCAGAGACCACGAAGAUUAUAACAGUGAGCUCCAAGAAGUAGAGAAGUGGCUGCUGCAGAUGUCGGGCAGACUGGUGGCGCCUGACCUCAUGGAGACGAGCAGUCUUGAGACAAUUACCCAGCAACUGGCCCACCACAAGGCAAUGAUGGAAGACAUUGCUGGCUUUGAAGACCGUUUGAACAACCUUAAAAUUAAAGGUGACAAUUUGAUCAGCCAGUGUGCAGACCACCUUCAAGCAAAACUAAAACAAAAUGUGCAUGGUCAUCUGCAGGGCACAAGGGACAGUUACUCAGCUAUCUGCAGUACAGCUCAGAGGGUGUACCAGAGUUUGGAACAUGAACUUCAGAAGCACGUUAGCCGACAGGACACGGUGCAGCAGUGCCAGGCCUGGCUGUCUGCCAUCCAGCCAGAUCUACAGCCAAGCCAGCAUCCACCUCUUAGCAGGGCAGAAGCCGUGAAGCAGGUCAAACACUUCAGAGCUUUGCAGGAACAGGCAAGGACUUACUUGGAUCUCCUUUGCUCCAUGUGUGACUUGUCAAACUCUUCAGUGAAAGCCACAGCAAAAGACAUUCAACAAACAGAGCAAAUGAUUGAACAAAGACUUGCCCAGGCACAGAACUUGACUCAGGGCUGGGGAGAGAUCAAGCACAUGAAGGCUGAGCUUUGGAUUUACCUCCAGGAUGCAGAUCAGCAACUACAGAAUAUGAAGAGGAGACACUCAGAACUGGAGCUCAACAUUGCACAGAACAUGGUUUCCCAAGUGAAGGAUUUUGUUAAGAAGCUACAGUGCAAACAGGCAUCCGUGACCGCUAUUACAGAAAGGGUGAAUAAGUUAACCAAGAAUCAGGAGUCUCCUGAACACAAGGAAAUAAGUCACUUAAAUGACCAGUGGUUAGAUCUGUGUCAUCAGUCGAACAAUCUGUGCUUGCAAAGGGAAGAGGAUCUUCAGAGAACGAGAAAUUACCAUGACUGUAUGAAUGUUGUCGAAGUGUUCUUAGAAAAAUUUACUACAGAAUGGGAUAACUUAGCCAGAUCCGAUGCAGAGAGUACAGCUGUCCAUCUAGAAGCUUUGAAAAAGUUAGCCCUAGCACUGCAGGAGAGAAAGCAGGCUAUCGAGGAUCUGAAAGAUCAAAAGCAAAAAAUGAUAGAACACCUGAACUUAGAUGACAAAGAAUUAGUCAAAGAGCAGACCAGUCACCUUGAACAACGUUGGUUUCAGCUCGAGGACCUUGUGAAAAGGAAAAUCCAAGUGUCAGUCACCAACCUGGAGGAGUUAAAUGUGGUGCGGUCCAGGUUUCAGGAGCUGAUGGAGUGGGCAGAAAAACAACAGCCCAACAUUGCGGAGGCCCUGAAGCAGAGCCCCCCGCCGGAUACGGCUCAGCACCUCCUCAUGGAUCACCUCAGCAUUUGCAGUGAACUUGAGGCCAAACAGAUGCUCCUGAAAUCUCUCAUAAAGGACGCUGACAGGGUGAUGACCGAUCUUGGCCUAAAUGAGCGGCAGAUAAUCCAGAAGGCACUCUCUGAGGCACAGAGACACGUGAAUUGUCUUAGCGACUUAGUGGGCCAGCGACGAAAGUACUUAAACAAGGCCUUGUCCGAAAAAACCCAGUUCCUCAUGGCGGUGUUCCAGGCGACCAGCCAAAUUCAGCAACAUGAGCGAAAGAUAAUGUUCCGUGAGCACAUAUGCUUGUUACCCGACGAUGUGAGCAAACAAGUUAAGACCUGUAAGAGCGCGCAAGCCAGCCUCAAGACUUACCAGAACGAAGUCACCGGACUUUGGGCUCAGGGUCGUGAAUUAAUGAAAGGAGCCCCAGAGCAGGAAAAGAGUGAAGUACUAGGUAAGCUUCAGGAGUUGCAGAGCGUCUACGACACUGUUUUACAAAAGUGUAGCCAUCGGCUACAAGAAUUAGAGAAAAAUUUAGUUUCUAGGAAGCAUUUUAAGGAAGAUUUUGAUAAGGCUUGUCACUGGCUAAAACAAGCAGAUAUUGUCACGUUUCCUGAAAUCAACCUAAUGAAUGAGAGUCCUGAGCUUCAUACACAGCUGGCCAAAUACCAACACAUUCUUGAACAGUCUCCAGAGUAUGAGACUCUCCUGCUUACCCUACAGAGAACUGGGCAGGCCAUGUUGCCAUCGCUGAAUGAAGUCGAUCAUUCCUACCUCAAUGAAAAGCUAAAUGCUCUGCCCCUGCAAUUUAAUGUAGUUGUCGCCUUGGCUAAAGACAAGUUCUAUAAAGUCCAAGAAGCAAUUCUUGCUCGGAAAGAGUACGGCUCCUUGAUCGAGUUGACGACCCAGUCUCUGAGCGAACUUGAAGACCAGUUCUUAAAGAUGAGCAAAGUCCCCACGGACCUGAGGGCCGAAGAGGCUCUGUCUCUUCAGGACGGUUACAGAGCCCUUCUGGGAGAGGUGGCAGGCCUCGGGGAAGCCAUGGAUGAACUGAACCAGAAGAAAGAAAGUUUUAGAAGCACAGGUCAGCCUUGGCAGCCAGACAAGAUGCUGCAUCUUGUCACCUUGUACCACAGGCUGAAACGACAAACAGAGCAAAGGGUCAGCUUCCUGGAAGAUACCACCAGUGCUUACCAAGAGCAUGAAAAGAUGUGCCACCAGCUAGAAAAACAACUAGAGGCUGUGAAAACGGAGCAGUCAAGAGUGAACGAGGAGACCCUUCCUGCAGAGGAGAAGCUCAAAAAGUACCACUCCCUGGCAGGAAAUCUUCAGGAUCUGGGAAUUGUCCUAAAACGAGUGACCGUGCAUCUUGAAGAUCUGGUCCCACACCUUGAUCCCUUGGCUCAUGAGAAAGCCAAGCAGCAGAUCCAGUCCUGGCAAGAGGAGUUGAAACGGUUGACUUCUGCCAUCGGUGCAACGGUGACAGAGUGUGAGAGCCGCAUGGUGCAGAGCAUAGACUUCCAGACGGAGCUGAGCCGCUCCCUGGACUGGCUGAGGAGCGUGAAGGCAGAGCUACGUGGGCCGGUGUGCCUGGACCUGCGCCUGCAGGACAUCCAAGAGGAGAUCAGAAAGAUCCAGAUUCAUCAGGAGGAGGUACAGUCCAGCCUGAGAAUACUGAAUGCCCUGAGUAACAAGGAGAAGGAGAAAUUCACGAAAGCCAAAGAGCUGAUUUCUGCCGAUUUACAGCACACCCUUGCUGAGCUCUCAGAGCUAGAUGGAGAUGUUCAGGAAGCUUUACGCACCAGACAGGCUGUCUUAACUCAAAUAUAUAGUCAAUGUCAAAGGUAUUAUCAGGUAUCUCAAGCAGCUAACGACUGGCUUGAGGACGCUCACGAAAUGCUACAACUAGCAGGCAAUGGCCUAGAUGUGGAGAGUGCAGAGGAGAAUCUCAAAAGCCACAUGGAAUUUUUUAGCACAGAAGAUCAGUUCCACAGCCAUCUGGAGGAGCUCCAAGGCCUGGUAGCCAGCUUGGACCCACUCAUCAAGCCGACUGGAAAGGAGGACCUAGCACAGAAAAUGGCUUCCCUGGAAGAGAAGAGCCGGAGGAUAAUACGGGACUCGCAUGUGCAGUUAGAUCACUUGCAGAGAUGUUCAGCCCAGUGGCAAGAUUAUCAAAAAGCAAGGGAAGAGGUUAUCGAACUGAUGAAUGAUGCAGAAAAGAAAUUGUCUGAGUUUUCUUUAUCGAAGACUUCUUCCAGUCAUGAAGCAGAAGGAAAAUUGUCAGAACACAAGUCUUUAGUGUCACUAGUUAACUCUUUCCACGAGAAAGUUGUGGCCCUUGAGGAUAAAACUUCACAACUGGAAAAAACUGGAAAUGAUGCAAGCAAAGCAGCCAUAAGCAGGUCGAUGACUACUGUCUGGCAGCGCUGGACACGUCUCCGUGCGGUGGCUCAGGACCAGGAGAAGAUACUGGAAGAUGCUGUAGAGGAGUGGAAGAGCUUUAACACUAAGGUUACAAAAGCCAGUGAAAUGAUUGAUCAGCUGCAAGGUAAAUUCCCAGACAGUUCAGCAGAGAAAGCCUCCAAAGCAGAGCUCUUCACUCUUCUUGACCAUCAUGACACGCUCGUUCUGGAGCUGGAACAGCAGCACUUGGCCUUGGGCCUCCUGCGGCAGCAAGCCCUGAGCAUGCUCCAGGACGGAGCCAUGCCAUCCCCCCGAGGAGAGCCAUCCAUCGUCCAGGAAAUCACGGCCAUGCAAGAUCGGUGCCUGAACAUACAGGACAAGGUGAAGCAUCACGGGAAGGCUGUAAAGCAGGAGCUCGAGGAGCGAGAUGUUGUGGAGACUCAGAUCAACGCGGUGAAAUCCUGGAUUCAGGAAACAAAGGAAUAUUUGGGGAACCCAACCAUAGAAAUAGAGGCUCAGCUUGAAGAACUUCAGAUUCUCCUAACAGAAGCCACAAAUCACCGACAGAACAUUGAGAAAAUGACUGAAGAGCAGAAGAAUAAGUACCUAGGUCUCUACUCCAUCUUACCUUCUGAACUGUCCCUCCAGUUAGCCGAGGUGGCACUGGAAUUAGGAACUAUCUAUGAUCAGAUCCAGGACAAAGUAAGAGAAGUUGAACAGAGCAAAGCCAUGAGCCAGGAAUUCAGCCGUCAAAUUCAGAACAUAGCCAAAGAUCUCACAACUAUUCUAAGUAAGCUGAGAACGAAGACAGAUAAUUUAGCACAAGCUAAAACUGACCAAAAGGUGCUAGGAGAAGAAUUGGAUGGCUGUAAUUUAAAAUUAGUGGAACUAGAUGCAGCGGUACAGAAAUUCUCAGAACAGAAUGGCCAACUGGGUAAACCACUGGCUAAGAAGAUAGGAAAACUGAUUGAACUUCAUCAGCAGACUCUUAGGCAGGCUGAGAACCGGCUCUCCAAGCUCGGUCAGGCGGCAUCCCAUUUAGAAGAAUACAGUGAAAUGCUUGAUUUCAUUCUGAAGUGGAUUGAAAAAGCAAAAGUGUUGCUACAUGGAAAGAUUACAUGGAAUUCAGCACAUCAGCUUCGAGAACAAUACAUUUUACAUCAGAGCAUGCUAGAAGAAUCUGAAGAAAUCCACAGCAAUCUGGAAGCAAUGAUUGAGAAAUUACAGUACCUCGCUAGCGUGUACUCCACAGAAAAAAUGUCUCAGCAAGUGGCAGAACUGGGACGGGAGUCUGAGGAGCUGCGACAGAUGAUCCAAAUUCGUAUGCAGAAUCUCCAUGAUGCUGCCAAGGAUAUGAGAAAAUUUGAAACCGAGCUUAAAAACUUACAAGUUGCUUUGGAGCAAGCCCAGACAACCUUGACUUCUCCAGAAGUCGGACGUCUUAGUCUCAAGGAGCAACUUUCUCAUCGACAGCAUUUGUUAUCUGAGAUGGAGUCACUCAAGCCAAAGGUCCACACGGUGCAGAUCUGCCAGAGCGCCCUCCGGAUCCCCGAGGAUGUGGUCACCAGCUUGCCGCUCUGCCACGCGGCCCUGCACCUGCAGGAGGAGGCCAGCCGGCUGCAGCACACGGCCAUCCAGCAGUACAACAUCAUGCAGGAGGCUGUGGUACAAUAUGAACAGUAUGAGCAAGAAAUGCAGCACCUCCAGGAGCUCAUAGAAGGAGCCCACAGAGAAAUUGAGGACAAACCUGUGGCUACCAGUAACAUCCAGGAGCUGCAGGCCCAGAUUUCUCGACAUGAGGAGCUGGCUCAGAAAAUCAAGGGCUACCAGGAGCAGAUCGCCUCUUUGAACUCCAAGUGCAAGAUGCUGACGAUGAAAGCCAAGCACGCCACCAUGCUGCUGACGGUGACGGAGGUGGAGGGGCUGGCGGAGGGGACGGAGGACCUGGACAGGGAGCUCCUCCCCGCGACCUCGGCCCACCCCUCGGUGGUCAUGAUGACUGCAGGUCGCUGUCACACUCUGCUGUCACCUGUCACUGAGGAGUCUGGGGAGGAGGGAACCAGCAGUGAAAUUUCCUCUCCACCUGCCUGUCGCUCCCCUUCACCUGUGGCUAAUACAGAUGCUUCUGUUAACCAGGACAUUGCUUAUUACCAAGCGCUGUCCCCCGAGAGGUUGCAGACCGACGCCGCGAGGAUCCACCCCAGCUCGCUGCCCCCUCAGGAGUUCUAUGAACCAGGGCUGGAGCCCUCUGCUACUGCUAAAUUAGAUGAUUUGCAGCGUUCUUGGGAAACCUUAAAAAAUGUGAUCAGUGAAAAGCAGCGCAGUCUCUAUGAGGCCUUGGAACGUCAGCAGAAGUACCAGGACUCCCUCCAGUCCAUCUCCACAAAGAUGGAGGCCAUCGAGAUGAAACUCAGUGAGAGUCUGGAGCCCGGCAGGAGCCCAGAGAGCCAGAUGGCUGAACAUCAGGCCUUGAUGGAUGAGAUCCUCAUGCUUCAAGAUGAGAUCAGCGCGCUCCAGUCAUCGCUCGCGGAGGAGCUGGUGUCCGAGUCCCCCGAGUCUGACCCCGCAGAACAGCUGGCCCUGCAGUCCACGCUCACCGUCCUGGCCGAGCGCAUGUCCACCAUCAAGAUGAAGGCCUCAGGGAAGCGACAGCUUUUGGAGGAGAAGUUAAGUGAGCAGCUUGAGGAACAGAGACAGGAACAGGCUCUGCAGAGGUACCGCUGUGAGGCCGACGAGCUGGACCACUGGCUCUUGAGCACGAAGGCUACUCUGGACACGGCACUGGGCACAGCCACGGAGCCUAUGGACAUGGAGACCCAGCUGGUGGAUUGCCAGAACAUGCUGGUGGAAAUCGAGCAGAAGGUGGUGGCCUUAUCGGAACUCUCAGUCCACAAUGAGAACCUGCUCCUGGAGGGCAAGGCUCACACGAAGGAGGAGGCUGAGCAACUGGCUGUAAAGCUGAGGACCCUCAAGGCGAGCCUCCUGGAGCUGCAGAGAGCGCUGCACGACAAACAGCUCAACAUCCAGGGCACAGCGCAAGAGAAGGAGGAGAGCCAUGCCGACCUAACUGCCAGCCAGAGCCCUGGGGUCCAGGACUGGCUGGCCCAAGCCCGGACCACGUGGGCCCACCAGCGACAGAGCAGCCUCCAGCAACAAAAGGAGUUGGAACAGGAAUUAGCCGAGCAGAAGAGCCUCCUGCGGUCAGUAGCCAGUCGUGGGGAGGAAAUCCUCACCCAACACUCAGCUGCAGAGACCUCUGGCAGUGCUGGCGAAAAACCUGAUGUGUUAUCCCAGGAGUUGGGGAUGAAAGGGGAGAAAUCAGCUGCUGAAGACCAGAUGAGAAUGAAAUGGGAAAGCCUACAUCAAGAAUUUAGUACCAAGCAGAAGCUACUACAGAAUGUUCUGGAACAGGAACGGGAGCAAGUGCUCUACAGCAGGCCGAAUCGACUCCUGUCUGGUGUGCCACUAUACAAAGGAGAUGGACAGACCCAAGACAGAUCUGCAGUGACAUCUUUGCUGGAUGGAUUGAACCAGGCCUUUGAGGAGGUUUCAUCUCAGGGUGGGGGGACGAAAAGGCAGAACAUUCACUUGGAACAGAAGUUGUAUGAUGGGGUCUCAGCUACCUCUACAUGGUUGGAUGAUGUUGAGGAACAUUUAUUUGUUGCCACAGCACUUUUACCAGAAGAAACGGAAGCUUGCCUCUUCAACCAAGAGACUCUUGCCAAAGAUAUUAAAGAAAUGUCUGAAGAAAUGGAUAAGAACAGGAACUUGUUUUCUCAAGCAUUUCCAGAGAAUGGUGAUAACCGGGAUGUCAUUGAAGACACUUUGGGUUGUCUUUUGGGCAGGUUGUCCUUGCUAGACUCAGUAGUAAAUCAGCGCUGUCAUCAGAUGAAGGAAAGACUUCAGCAAAUACUGAAUUUCCAGAAUGAUCUGAAGGUGCUGUGCACAUCGCUGGCUGACAACAAGUUCAUCAUUCUGCAGAAACUGGCAAAUGUGUUUGAACAGCCUGUGGCAGAGCAAAUAGAGGCGAUACAAGAGGCUGAAGAUGGGCUAAAAGAAUUGGAUGCAGGAAUCAUUGAAUUAAAAAAGCGUGGGGACAAGUUGCAGAUUGAGCAGCCGUCCAUGCAGGAACUAUCCAAACUUCAGGACAUGUAUGAUGAACUGAUGAUGACCAUUGGCUCUCGGCGGAGUGGGCUGAACCAGAAUCUUGCACUUAAGAGUCAGUAUGAAAGGGCCCUACAAGAUCUGGCUGAUCUGCUGGAGACUGGACAGGAGAAGAUGGCAGGUGACCAGAAAAUCAUCGUGUCCUCCAAAGAGGAAAUUCAACAACUACUUGAUAAACAUAAGGAAUACUUUCAGGGCCUGGAAUCUCAUAUGAUCUUGACUGAAACGCUCUUCAGAAAGAUCAUCAGCUUUGCAGUCCCCCAGGAGACAAGGUUCCACACGGAACUGAUGGCACAGGCUUCCGCUGUACUGAAGCAGGCUCACAAGAGGGGCGUGGAGUUGGAGUACAUUCUGGAGACAUGGUCUCGUUUGGAUGAAGACCACCAGGAGCUCAGCAGACAGCUGGAGGCUGUGGAAAGCAGCAUCCCGAGUGUGGGGCUGGUGGAAGAGAGCGAGGACAGGCUCAUCGACCGGAUAACACUCUACCAGCAUUUGAAAUCCAGCCUUAAUGAAUACCAGCCCAAAUUAUAUCAGGUAUUAGACGACGGGAAACGACUGCUCAUAUCCAUUAGCUGCUCAGAUCUAGAAAGCCAGCUAAACCAACUUGGAGAACACUGGUUAAGUAAUACCAACAAAGUGUCUAAGGAGCUUCACAGAUUGGAAACAGUGUUGAAACACUGGACCAGAUAUCAAAGUGAAUCUGCAGAACUUACUCACUGGUUACAAUCUGCAAAAGACAGGCUAGAAUUUUGGACUCAACAAUCUGUGACAGUCCCACAAGAACUGGAAAUGGUCCGUGAUCAUCUAAAUGCUUUCCUGGAGUUUUCCAAAGAAGUGGAUGCCAAAUCUUCCCUGAAAUCAUCUGUUCUGAGCACUGGAAAUCAGCUUCUUCGAUUAAAGAAAGUGGACACAGCUGCCCUACGUUCAGAGCUGUCACACAUUGAUAGCCAGUGGACUGACCUGCUGACAAAUAUUCCCGCUGUACAGGAGAAGCUCCACCAGCUCCAAAUGGAUAAGCUGCCUUCCCGCCAUGCCAUUUCUGAAGUUAUGACUUGGAUUUCUCUCAUGGAAAAUGUUAUUCAAAAGGAUGAAGAGAAUAUAAAAAAUUCAAUAGGUUACAAGGCAAUUCAUGAAUACCUUCAGAAAUAUAAGGGUUUUAAGAUAGAUAUUAACUGUAAACAGUUGACAGUUGAUUUUGUGAAUCAGUCCGUGCUACAAAUCAGUAGUCAGGAUGUGGAAAGUAAACGCAGUGAUAAGACUGAUUUUGCUGAGCAACUAGGAGCCAUGAACAAAAGUUGGCAAAUCCUGCAGGGUCUCGUAACUGAGAAGAUCCAGAUGUUGGAAGGCUUAUUGGAAUCUUGGUCAGAAUAUGAAAAUGAUGUACAAAGUCUGAAAACUUGGUAUGAAACCCAGGAAAACAGACUAAAGCAACAGCAUCGCAUUGGAGAUCAGGCUUCAGUUCAGAACGCAAUGAAAGACUGUCAGGAUCUAGAAGAUUUGAUUAAAGCAAAAGAAAAAGAGGUGGAGAAAAUUGAGCAGAAUGGACUUGCUUUGAUUCAGAACAAGAAAGAAGAAGUCUCUGGUGUUGUCAUGAGCACGCUGCGGGAGCUCAGCCAAACAUGGGCAAAUUUAGACCACAUGGUUGGACAAUUAAAUAUACUGCUGAAGUCCGUGUUUGACCAAUGGAAUAAUCACAAGGUGGCCUUUGACGAGAUCAACAGUUACCUCAUGGAGGCUAGAUACUCUCUGUCCCGUUUCCGUCUGCUGACUGGUUCUUUAGAAGCUGUACAAGUUCAGGUAGACAAUCUUCAGAAUCUUCAAGAUGAUCUGGAAAAACAGGAAAAGAACUUACAGAGGUUUGGCUCUGUCACCAACCAACUGUUAAAAGAGUGUCACCCACCUGUGACAGAAACUCUUACCAAUACAUUAAAAGAUGUCAAUAUGAGAUGGAAUAACUUGCUGGAAGAGAUCGCUGAGCAGCUACACGCCAGCAAAGCCCUACUUCAGCUUUGGCAGAGGUACAAGGACUACUCCAAGCAGUGUGCCUCGGCGGUGCAGCAGCAGGACGACCGAACCAAUGAGCUCCUGAAGGCGGCCACCAACAAGGACAUUGCUGAUGACGAGGUUGCGACGUGGAUUGAAGAUUGCAAUGAUCUCCUCAAAGAACUGGGGGUAGUGAAGGAUUCCCUAUUUGUUCUGCAUGAGCUAGGAGAGCAGCUCAAGCAGCAAGUGGAUGCUUCAGCGGCAUCAGCCAUUCAGUCCGAUCAGCUGUCUUUGAGUCAACAUCUGUGUGCCCUAGAGCAGGCUCUUUGCAAGCAGCAGACUAUGUUACAGACUGGAGUUCUUGACUAUGAAACCUUUACCAAGAGCUUAGAAGUGUUGGAGGCCUGGAUAGUAGAAGCUGAAGAAAUAUUACAGGGGCAGGACCCUAGCCACUCAUCUGAUCUCUCAACCAUCCAGGAAAGGAUGGAAGAACUUAAGGGGCAGAUGCUACAAUUCAGCAGCCUGGCCCCUGACCUAGACCGUCUGAAUGAGCUUGGGUACAGGCUACCGCUGAAUGAUAAAGAAAUCAAAAGGAUGCAGAGUCUGAACCGACACUGGUCUCUGAUCUCCUCUCAGACCACGGAAAGAUUCAGUAAGUUGCAGUCAUUUUUGCUGCAACACCAGACUUUCCUGGAAAAAUGUGAAACAUGGAUGGAAUUCCUGGUUCAAACAGAACAAAAGUUAGCAGUGGAGAUUUCAGGCAACUAUCAGCAUCUUUUGGAGCAGCAGAGAGCGCAUGAGUUGUUUCAAGCAGAGAUGUUCAGUCGCCAGCAGAUUUUGCACUCGAUCAUUAUUGACGGGCAGCAUCUUCUAGAACAAGGUCAAGUUGAUGACAGGGAUGAAUUCAACCUGAAAUUGACACUUCUCAGCAGUCAGUGGCAGGGAGUGAUUCGCAGGGCCCAGCAGAGGAGGGGUAUCAUCGACAGCCAGAUUCGCCAGUGGCAGCGCUACAGGGAGAUGGCCGAGAAGCUGCGUAAAUGGUUGGUUGAAGUGUCCUAUCUUCCUGUGAGUGCUCUCGGAAGCGUCCCAAUACCACUGCAACAGGCAAGGACCCUCUUUGAUGAAGUGCAGUUCAAAGAAAAAGUGUUCCUGCGGCAGCAAGGCAGCUACAUCCUUACAGUGGAGGCGGGGAAGCAGCUCCUGCUCUCAGCCGACAGUGGGGCUGAGGCCGCCUUGCAGGCAGAGCUCACUGAGAUCCAGGAGAAGUGGAGAUCAGCCAGCACGCAUCUGGAGGAACAGAAGAAAAAACUGGCCUUCUUGCUGAAAGACUGGGAAAGAUGUGAGAACGGAAUAGCUAAUUCUCUGGAGAAGCUACGAACAUUCAAAAAGAAGCUUUCUCAGCCUCUGCCGGAUCACCAUGAAGAGCUGCACACAGAGCAAAUGCGCUGCAAGGAGUUGGAAAAUGCAGCUGGGAGCUGGACAGAUGACUUGGCUCAGCUGACCCUCUUGAAGGACACCCUCUGUGCCUACAUUAGUGCUGAUGACAUCUCCAUCCUAAACGAGCGCAUGGAGCUUCUGCAAAGGCAGUGGGAAGAACUCUGCCACCAGCUCUCCCUGAGGCGGCAGCAAGUAAGUGAGAGAUUGAAUGAAUGGGCGGUCUUCAGUGAAAAGAACAAGGAGCUUUGUGAAUGGUUGACCCAGAUGGAAAGUAAAGUUUCUCAGAAUGGAGACAUCCUCAUUGAAGAAAUGAUAGAGAAGCUCAAGAAGGAUUAUCAAGAGGAAAUUGCUGUUGCCCAAGAGAACAAAAUACAGCUCCAGCAAAUGGGAGAACGACUUGCUCGAGCCAGCCAUGAAAGCAAAGCCUCUGAGAUUGAAUACAAGCUCGGAAAGGUCAACGACCGGUGGCAGCAUCUCUUGGAUCUCAUGGCAGCCAGGGUGAAGAAGCUGAAGGAGACCCUGGUGGCCGUGCAGCAGCUAGACAAGAACAUGAGCAGCCUGAGGACAUGGUUGGCUCACAUCGAGUCAGAGCUGGCCAAGCCCAUAGUCUACGAUUCCUGUGACUCGGAUGAGAUACAGAAAAAGCUCACUGAGCAGCAGGAGCUUCAGAGAGACAUCGAGAAACACAGCACAGGCGUGGCCUCCGUGCUCAACCUGUGUGAGGUCCUGCUGCAUGACUGUGACGCCUGUGCCACAGACGCAGAGUGUGACUCCAUCCAGCAGGCGACGCGAAACCUGGACCGGCGGUGGAGGAACAUCUGUGCCAUGUCCAUGGAAAGAAGGCUCAAAAUCGAAGAGACGUGGCGAUUGUGGCAGAAGUUUCUGGAUGAUUAUUCUCGUUUUGAAGAUUGGCUCAAGAUUUCAGAAAGGACAGCUGCCUUCCCCAGCUCUUCCGGGGUCCUCUAUACAGUUGCCAAGGAGGAACUAAAGAAAUUUGAGGCUUUCCAGCGACAGGUGCACGAGAGCCUGACCCAGCUGGAGCUGAUCAACAAGCAGUACCGUCGCCUGGCCAGAGAGAACCGCACCGAUUCCUCCUGUAGCCUAAAGCAGAUGGUUCACGAAGGCAACCAGCGAUGGGACAACCUGCAAAAACGUGUCACCUCCAUCUUGCGCAGACUCAAGCAUUUCAUUGGCCAGCGUGAGGAGUUUGAGACUGCGCGGGACAGCAUUCUGGUGUGGCUGACGGAGAUGGAUCUACAGCUCACGAAUAUCGAGCAUUUUUCUGAGUGUGAUGUUCAAGCUAAAAUAAAGCAACUCAAGGCCUUUCAGCAGGAAAUUUCACUGAACCACAAUAAGAUCGAGCAGAUAAUUGCCCAAGGAGAGCAGCUCAUAGAGAAGAGUGAGCCGUUGGAUGCCGCAGUCAUCGAGGAGGAGCUGGACGAACUCCGGCGUUACUGUCAGGAGGUCUUCGGGCGCGUGGAGAGAUACCAUAAGAAACUGAUUCGCCUGCCUCUCCCAGAUGAUGAGCAUGACCUCUCUGACCGGGAGCUGGAGCUGGAUGACUCCGCAGCUCUCUCCGACCUCCACUGGCGUGACACCUCUGUGGACGGCGUGCUUUCCCCCCAGCCUUCCUCCAACCCCUCCCUCUCACUCGCCCAGCCCCUGCGGAGCGAGCGGUCGGGACGAGACACCCCUGCCAGUGUGGACUCCAUCCCCCUGGAGUGGGACCAUGACUAUGACCUCAGUCGUGACCUGGAGUCUGCUGUGUCCAGAACGCUGCCCUCUGAGGACGAAGAGGGUCAGGAUGAUAAGGAUUUCUACCUCAGGGGAGCUGUUGGCUUAUCAGAUGUAAUGAUCCCCGAAAGUCCUGAGGCCUAUGUAAAACUCACAGAAAGUGCAAUCAGAAAUACCUCUGGAGCUCCCAGUGCCUUAGAGUCACAGAUCCGACAACUGGACCGAGCCUUGGAUGAGAGCCGUUUUCAGAUGCAGCAAACUGAAAAUAUUAUCCGCAGCAAAACUCCCACAGGACCAGAGCUAGACUCCACCUACAGGGGCUACAUGAAACUGCUGAGUGAAUGCAGCGGCAGUAUCGACUCCGUGAAGAGACUAGAACACAAACUGAAGGAGGAAGAAGAGAAUUUCCCCGGCUUCGUUAACCUGAAUACUACGGAAACCCAAACGGCUGGUGUGAUCGACCGGUGGGAACUCAUCCAGGCCCAGGCCCUGAGCAAGGAGCUGAGAAUGAAACAGAGCCUCCAGAAGUGGCAGCAGUUCCAGGCGGACCUGCACAGCAUCUGGACGUGGCUGGGGGAGGCGGAGCAGGAGCUGGAGCAGCUGCGGCGCCUGGAGCUCAGCACCGACAUCCAGGCUAUCGAGCUCCAAAUCAAAAAGCUCAAGGAGCUCCAGAAAGCUGUGGACCACCGCAAAGCCAUCAUCCUCUCCAUCAACCUGUGCAGCUCCGAGUUCACCCAGACCGGCAGUGAGAAGAGCCAGGAUCUGCAAGACCGCUUGUACCAGAUGAACGGGCGCUGGGACCGGGUGUGCUCGCUGCUGGAAGAGUGGCGGGGCCUGCUCCAGGACGCGCUGAUGCAGUGUCAGGAUUUCCAUGAAAUGAGUCAUGGUUUGCUUCUUAUGCUGGAGAACAUUGACAGAAGGAAAAAUGAAAUUGUCCCUAUUGAUUCUAACCUGGAUGCAGAGACACUUCAAGACCAUCACAGGCAGCUCAUGCAAAUAAGGCAUGAGCUCUUGGAAUCCCAGCUCAGAGUGGCCUCACUGCAAGACAUGUCUUGCCAACUCCUGGUGAACGCUGAAGGCACAGACUGUUUGGAAGCCAAAGAAAAAGUCCAUGUAAUUGGAAAUCGGCUCAAACUUCUCUUGAAGGAGGUCAGUCGUCACAUCAAGGAGCUGGAGAAGCUAUUAGACAUGUCAAGCAGUCAGCAGGAUUUGUCUUCCUGGUCUUCGGCUGAUGAACUGGACACUUCGGGAUCUGUGAGUCCUACUUCUGGAAGAAGCACCCCAAACAGACAAAGAACGCCACGAGGCAAAUGUAGUCUCUCACAGCCUGGACCCUCUGUCAGCAGUCCACAUAGCAGGUCCAUAAAAGGUGGCUCCGAUUCCUCCCUUUCUGAGCCUCGGCCAGCUCGGUCCGGCCGAGCCUUCUGGUUCAGAGUCCUCCGAGCGGCUCUUCCGCUUCAGCUUCUCCUGCUGCUCCUCAUCGGGCUCACCUGCCUCGUGCCGAUGUCAGAGGAGGACUACAGCUGUGCCCUCUCCAACAACUUUGCCCGAUCAUUCCACCCCAUGCUCAGAUACACAAACGGCCCUCCUCCGCUCUGAACCAAGCAGACGUCAUCUGCAGCGGUGCUGGUAGCAUAAGGAGGGUUUGGCCAAAAGUGAUCCCAAGCUACCAAAAACGGGACCCGAAUCUUGGCGAAUGCCCUCGGUGCGGCAGCUUUAGCCCUCCUCUGUGUCCCAUGGGUGAAAAUCAUGGCUCCAAAGGUGGAUGGUAAACAAGGACAGGAGGAGAGCAGACAAACUCUGAACCUCAGCGAUAAAGAGGUUGAGGACCUCCAACGUUCUCUGGACGCAUGAAUUCUGGGCCAUUGGCUCAUCCUAUGCACACCCAAGACAUCACUAGACCGAGCAGCUCUCCCACGGCGCUGCUCCGUCCAUUCAAUAAAGGACUCUCCUGGGAGCCAUGUUUGCAUCGAGCAACCUACCAACCAACCAACCUACCAACCAGUGCUGACGAGAUUUUAGAACCUUGUAACAUACAGUUUUUAAGAGCUUAUAUGGCACCUUUCUUUUUACCUUGUUUCCUUUGGGGCAUGAUAUUCUAACCUUUGCUUUAGAAGCACAAGCUGUAAAUCUAAAGGCACUUUUUUAAAGGUAUAAAGAAAAACUGGAUGUAAUAAAUAAGAUCAUGAAAGGCUUUAUGUGGAAAAAAAAGUUGAAUGUUACAGUCGAAGAAAAGUUAUUUAUGUAUGUACAGUUUGCUAAAGCCAAGUUUUGUUUGUAUUGAUUUCUUUGCAUUUAUUAUAGAUACUAUAAAAUA